AAAAAAAGAAAAUAACUAACUAUUCCGGCCGUUGGUUUUUUUGGCCAAAGUGAUUGAGGGAGAGUGAAUGUGUGUGUGUGUCUCGCUCUCGGGUUCGUUUCCGCGGCGUGCUGUUUGUUGUUGCACAUAAUUCCCUGCUGCUCUGCUCCAAAUUCCCAUCCAAUCCAGAGAAUAGCGUAUAUAUAUAUAUAUAUAUGUAUAUGACAACUUUCAUGACGACAAACAACAAAUUCAUCAAACGCCGAGCGAACAACAACAGAAGCAGCAGUCGAGUGAAAACGGAGAAAAGAAUUUCUCAUUGAAGCCGGAAAAAAAGAAAAGAAGUGAGAAGCGACCGGGAGCAUGGAUAUAAUCAAUAAGAUUAGCAGUGCAUUCUGGAGUACGGACAUUUGGUUGCCGCCAAAUACGACAUGGGCCGAUAUAGCGCCCGGUUCGCGGCCCGAUGUGGUGCAUGCCAAUUACAAGGAUCUUAUCUGGCCCAUUCCAUUGGCGGCUGUUGUCAUGCUGGUGCGCUAUACACUGGAACGCUUUUGGAUAUCCCCGGUUGGCAAAUCCCUGGGCAUACGUAGUUCUAGACCUAAGAAAGCAGCAAAUGUUCCUAUACUGGAGAAUGCCUAUGCGAAGUCCACACGACUGGACAACAAAUGGCUGGGUCCAUUGUCCAAGCAGACGGACAUGAGCGAGCGACAGAUCGAGCGAUGGUGGCGCCUGCGGCGGGCCCAGGACAAGCCGUCGACAUUGGUCAAGUUCUGUGAGAACACCUGGCGAUGCAUCUACUAUUUGUAUUCGUUUAUCUUUGGCGUGAUUGUGCUGUGGGACAAGCCCUGGUUCUGGGAUGUGAAGAGCUGUUGGUACGGCUAUCCCCAUCAGUCGAUUAGCAAUGACAUCUGGUGGUACUAUAUGAUAUCGAUGUCCUUCUAUUGGUCGCUCACUGGCACACAGUUCUUUGAUGUGAAGCGCAAGGACUUUUGGCAGAUGUUCAUCCAUCAUAUGGUCACGCUGCUGCUGAUGUCCCUCUCGUGGGUGUGCAAUCUGCAUCGCGUCGGUUCUCUGGUGCUGGUCGUGCACGAUUGUGCCGACAUCUUUCUGGAGGCGGCAAAACUAACAAAAUAUGCCAAUUAUCAAAAGCUUUGCGAUGCGAUCUUUGCCAUUUUUACAGUGGUAUGGAUUGUGACGCGCUUGGGCUUUUUUCCGCGUCUUAUCUACAGCUCUUCUGUGGAGGCACCACAAAUCCUGCCCAUGUUCCCAGCCUACUAUAUCUUCAAUACACUGCUAUUGAUGCUGCUGGUCCUGCACGUCAUCUGGACAUACAUGAUUCUCAAGAUUGUUGUCGACUCUCUGCAGAAGGGUUUGAUGUCCGGUGAUAUACGUUCCAGUGAUAGUGAGGAUCUCACAGAUAGUUCCGAGAAUGUGCGCAUGGCCAAUGGGGGGUCGUCGUCGUCUCGUUCCAAGAACAAGUCAUCAGCGAUCGCUGGUGGAGUCAGCCAGCGAAAGUCCCAUAAUGCCAGCAAUCACACGGCGGACACGGAAGAGAAAACGACUAAGUAAAUAACGUGAGACGCGAGAGAUCCCGAAACCCCAAGGCACCCCCAGUGAGGAAGGACGAAGGACGAAGCAGCAGCAACAAAUAAACCAGAAAAAAAUAAAAUAAAACAAAAACACC